UUACAGUUCGUUGUUAGGAUUUUUAGCAUUUUAAUCAGAGGGGACAGAAAGUCGCUGAUGUUUUGGCAUUGCAAAUUGAACCGUGACCUGUAAAGUUAGGCGGAAUGAGAGCGGGUUUGCAUACGAGCGCCGCUCGUACACACUCAGAUACACCCGAAGCGUUCCCUGAGCGGGGGACGAGCGCCGCGUGCGUCGACUGCGCGUCAACUGAACGCGUUCCUCCUGCGCUGCGAGCCGAUGCGCGCCGCUGGCCACGACAACACUCACUAAAGCGCUCGACUUCAGCCCUGCCAGAGGAAGACACGAUGGGAUGCACUUCCAGCACCCAGACCACAGCUCAAGACACAACGCGACCCAACGCCAAACAAGAUGGAAGCGCAUCGGGGACAAGUAAUGAAAACGGUGGCCCCGCAGCAGACAGCGAGACGCUUCCAGACCAAACCCAGGCCGAGGAAUCUCCACAGACGUCCAGUGCGGCUCCUGAAGCCUCAGAGGAAGUACGGAGCUCGGAGGCCGCUGUAGAGCGCAGCGAACCCGAAGCAGCUGCCGCCGAGGCCGCUGCACCCGACCGGCCCGACGAACCCCAGUCCAGUCCUUCAACAACGGCUCAGAAUACCGAAGAACCAGCACCGAGUGAAAACCCGACUGAGGCCCAGGCUGAAUCUUCCCCACCAGAGGAAGCACCUGCCUCUGGUGAAGAUAGUUAAGUGUGCAUCAGUUGGCACAGUUACUACAGAAUCCAGACUCAAGCACCUAUUUUCAAUCAAAUCGAUAUUUCGUACACGUAGUUUAAAAAUACAGUGGAGCAUUAGCUUAUUUAUUAUAUAGAUAUUGCUUGUUCGUUGCCAAGGUAUAGACCAACUGGUCUUCAGAGACUCCGUGCCUGUCUUUAUAUACAACAAUUAUAAACAUCCCACUUAAUGAAUUAUAAGUGCUGGCUUUAGCUAGACAUUUCCUUCAAUAUUUAAUAUCGGUGCCUAUCUCAGUGGCUUAACCCCUCUAUAA